UAAGUUUACCCUAGCCAACCCACACCAAAAAAAAAAAAUAAAUAAAUAAACACUUUACAUAUGUAACUAUAGUUGACAUUACAAAAACGUACAACGAAAUCCGGGUCGCCUGUAUCGAGAUGAAUUCUGCAACUUGCAUUUCAACAAUCCUGCCAGAAACAUGGCCCACCUGCCCCACCACUGAUCUGCUGACACAUGCAGAGAUCAAUUUUGCAACUUGCAUUUCAACAUUCCUGCUUGAAGUGCGGAUCUCCUGCCCUUCAGCACACAUGGCCAGUCACAUGCCAAGACGAUGGAAUGCUGUCAGCGAGCAGCAUGGAAGACGCAGAGAGAGUGGUGGUCAGGUGGUGGUGGAGACAGGGAGAGUAUGUGGCCUGGAGAUUAACAAACAGAACACCAAUAAUCUUGUGACCUCCAUGCACCCUUCCUAAUGUCAAUAAAGUUGUCUUAUCAUGCCCAAAA